GUGAAUGCGGGUGAAAAUUUGAAGAAGCUGAUGGAAAAGGAAUUUGUAAGACCAACGAAACACUUGGUUCUUUUGCCUUAUUUCGAAGAACUAGAAUCAGCUGCCGACAAAAACCUUCAAUUCAUUCUAAACGGGAUGACAGCUGCUUUUCUGACUGAAAAUUCGGUGGAAGCCACAGAAUAUACCGAUAUGUUUGUCAAACACCUCCGCCAAUUCGGUCUUCGAAUGCCGAAAGAAACGUUUCUGAAACUCAUUCGAUUUUUCUAUGAAGCUCUACUCAGAAAGGAUCAGAAUCGGGAUUUGAUGAUCACUGCGUGUUAUGGAUUUGGGAAAAUGAUGAAACUAACCAGAUGCGGAUCUUUUGGAUAUCGUGACUUGGUUCUUGACUGGAAACCAGUUUAUGAUUUGUAUAUUCGAGCAUUGAACGGGAAGAUCAAACCGGAUAUUUCUACACAUUUGAAUGAAGCAAUCGUUCCAUUCUCUCUUUUUUAUCACCCAGAAAGCCAUGGAGAGAUUUUUGAAACUCUUCUUCAGGAAAUCACAAUUGGAAGUCAUAUUUAUAUGGAGCAGUUCAUGCAAAAUUGUAGAAUUUUUCUGACUGUCGAAGGGAUGAAUGAAGAGGAUGCAAAGAAGUAUACAGUGGGAAAAUGGAUCAAAGAGAUCUGGGAUUUAUAUCUGAAAGCAGAUAUGAACACAUCAUGGACUUCCAUCGCUGUUGAGUUUAUGUCUGAAUUAUGCUAUUUCCAUCCAGGGGCAUACGACCUGAGUCCACACUAUAACGUGCUCUUCACUAAAAUGAUGAGAAGUUUCGAAUUAACGGUUCGUGGAGGAAAAGUGGCUGUUGGUGAUGGACAGGAGGUUUUCUCAAACACACAUUUAGCAUCUAUCUGUGUCUAUACAAUUGGUGGACCGAAUUCGUCCCUGUCCUAUUUCCAACGUCUUAUGAAAUACAUUCUUUUCAAUGUGCAUCCAUUGAAUGCUGGAGAACACACUGAACAGAUUGGAUCCUUCUUGACAGACUUCAUCAGUCAAUUCAAAGGUCGAUUGAAGGAUGAGAGACUCAGAUACAAGAAACGUCAGUGUUCCAAAGAAUACUACCUCAAUGACUCUGAUGUUGACGCUGUCACGACGUCUAUUAUGGAUGUCGUCGUUAUGUUGAUGUUCUCGUCAAGUUUUCAGGAUAACUACAAACUGGUACACAAUUUAACAACUGUCAACCGUGAAUUGGUUGCUCCGAAACUACUGGAUCACCUCUACUCCUCACUUACUGCAGUCAGUGAACCCCAUCGCCUAUCAGUUAUCAUUGAAACUAUCUCCGCGAUUAUUUUUGAAGUUAUCCGUCAACCAGAUUCCAACUACCGUACUCCACAAGACAUCACUUUUGAUUCAACGUGGCUGAAACUUCUGGAAGAAGAGAGAAAGAACUGGCCUUCUUACAAAACUGGAAGUGAGGUUCCAGAAAUCAAAUCUCACCAAUUCAAAAGUCUUCGUGCCCACGCAUUCUACAUAAUGGAGGUUUUCGUCAAUCAUAUCAAUGUGAGCGAUGUCGAUCGAACUGCAUUCAUCUUCAAGACUCUGAUCGUUUUGUUCUCUUCGUUCCCACUUAUGGAUUUCUCUGCUUCCAUCGAAUUCCAUGGCAAAGAAAUGACUGAAGAUGAUAAAAUUCUUUGUCUCCUUUCCAAAAGAAUCCCUCAUCUUGUGGAAUUUACACUGAACAAGAUUUUGGAUGUUAUCACUUGUUUAUCAGUGGUUGCUCCUAAAUGUUCCGGACAAUCUGCUGGAGCAUCAAUCUCGAACGAAUCACAAAAACAAGUUGGAGAAGAAGAAGCUGUAUUGAAAUCUGGAAUUAGUCAACUAGUGAAAGUGCUUUUCGAAAGAGUCGACGAAAAAUUGAGAAAAACUCUCUUCGAGCGUCUUUUCAGCUAUAUCACAACUGUCGAGUUUUCAAAUAACCUCGCUACUGAGCUUCUUUCAUCUCUUGUUAUGUCGGCUGUUUGGAUCAGUCGAGAUGCAUUCCGUCAUUAUGGAGAAUUCAUUUCCAAAAAACUGAAAGAAUUGAUAACAGAUGAUAUCCAAAAAACCCGAACUCCACCAUCAUCUGUUCUCUUUUAUGUGGAACUUGCUCGUCCGUUGUUUGCGGCAACUCAUCAGAUGAUUCUGGAGAAUGAAUCUCUUCUGUUUGGCAUUCUGGAAAUGUUUCUUAGUUGUCAGGACUCCACCAUUCACAAGUGUGCCACAUUCGGAGUAACUACUUUCUUAUCAGUUCUUCUGUACAUUGAAACAGAAGCGACGGCAUCUCCGGAGAACGACGUCUUCGCCAAACCGUUACAAGAAUGGAAUCCAAUAAAAUACUGGGCAAAGUGCAGCGAGUACAAGGACACAAAUAUCAGAUGGUACAUCCCAGCAAAACCGGAAAUUGAAUGUGCUGAGAGAAUUUCCAAUAAGUUUUUCUUUCCGUAUAUUGCGAAAUUGAAGGAAAUGGAUCAUGAUAGAGACACAUUUCGUCGGAUAAUCAACCAUUUGAUGACGGUUAUGCAGGAUUUAAAAGUGCUUCAACAUCCGGAAUCUCUACGUCCGAUUACUGACAUCUACACUCCAUUCUGUCUUCCGAUUCCUUCUUCUUCACUUGGUGUUUCUUGUUCUCUUGAAUACGAAUUAAAAGGACCAAAUGGAGAGAAUAUCCGAGAAGAGAUAGUUUCGAUGAUCGAGAAGAUUUCUAAAAAGAUUCAAGACCCAGUAUCGCUCACAAAUCUAUCGAUUCUUGCAUUCAAAUGUCUUGGGAAAAAGAGAGCUUCCACAAUGGAUUCGUCUGUGGAGUCAUUUUUGACGGAUGCUCAUGUUGUUAUGGUUGAUUCUACAUACGGCAACGCAGUCAAAUCAUCUCAACAUACAAUGGAUACGAUAGCAUUUGUGAAACAUCAAAGAGCAAUGAGUUUGAUUUUGGAAUUGGGAUGGCUGAAAGAUGAGAAUUCAACGAUUCGUCUUGAUGUCUGGGAUGCUGUUCUUCGUAUUAAAGUUUUUGACGAACUCAAAAUUUGUGUUCUUUUCGAGGAAAUUUGUAAAGAAAUAUUGGCAUUAAACAAGCUUUCAGUCUAUUGGAGAGGAUCCAGAGAGACUCAUGAAGAGCGGAACAAAAAAGUAGCAGCCAUUGCUAUCGGUUUGAUGACAAAUUCAGAUUUCUGGAAGCAGUUUCUAGACGAUGACUCUUUGAAAAAGCAAACUGACGUAUGGUUCAAUUAUCAAAUAACCAAGGAGACAUCUAAAAAAGAACUGGUUGAGAUGCUAUUCAAAAAACACAUCAAGAAUCAAAACCAUCAUCAUACUCGAGAGAAUUUGGCGAGAACAAUGGUUUAUCAAACCCAAAAAGAGGGAUGUGAUGAGAGAACGAUUGCUCUUUUGCUCUCUCAGUUGAACGAUGAACAGUAUUACUGUAGGAAAGAGGCAAGGGAAUGGUUGACUCACUGGAUGUAUGAAACGAAACCAAAAUCAGUGAGAAUCGAUUUACCAACACCCAAAAGAAUCGAUCAUGGAGUUUCAAUGGAGAGUGGAAUUCGAGAAGAUAAUUUGUGGUUGGUUUAUGAUUCGGAAAAUCUUCCGAAUACCGAACAAAAAUGGAAUGAGAUGAUUUUUGUCGAAAGAGGAAAGGGUUCUUGUAGAUGGGAAAAAACCAUCAGCGUAGUUCGAAAACGGAAAGAUGGCCUUCCUCUGGAAUUUAAACAGCUGACGUCUUCUGAUUGUCUGGCAAUCGAUAGCUUUUCCAAUUCUGAUUUCGUCUCAAAUCUCAUCAAAUCUCGACUGAUUGAAAAAGAAGAUCACACUCUACCGAAUAGACACUUCUUUCGUCUCUUCAAAUAUAUCAUUCGCAACUAUCCAGAGGAGAUAAAACCAUUGGAUCUCAUUCUUCUGAAUUUUAAGGAGCUUUUGAAAAGCAAACAAAGAAGUGAGCAAUUGCUUGCUGCUGAGCUCUUCAUUGGUAUUGUACAUGGUUUGAAGCAUCGAUCAUUCUCGCAAUUGGUAUCGUUCUGGAAUGAUAUUAAAAUUUCUCUGGACCAGUUUUUCAACAUUAUGGUCCUGGACGCCGAGCCAUCAUGGAGUUGUGCUCACGCUUUCAUUUUGAAUGGAGAUCUCAGAAGACAUUGGUGGUUUUUGGAGUCGUUGAUAACUGGAGCAAAGAAGACAAAUAGGUUAACAGAAUUUCAACAGGCAUUCCGUUUGUCAUCAUUGAUUUUCAAAGGAUGGUAUCAUGGAGAAAUUAUGAAAAGAGUCAGUGGAAUCGCAUGGAAUAAACUACAGACAGCAGUUACCGACUCUUUGCGUUAUGCAGUUGGGAGUGUAUUCCGUUCAACUGCUCAAAUUUGCGAAAAGAAUACAACAGCUACAUUGAUAAAUAUUCCUUCUCGAUUCGUUCCUGAUUCUCUGGACACCACGAUUCAGAAAAUUAUCGAAAAAAUCCCUCAUUUAAAGUUGACAGAGGAUCCAGAAACCGCAAGAAAUUGUCAGUCAGAUUCAGCACUUGGAAGCCCACGGAGCAGAAAACUUCAGCCACGGAGAAGAAGGAGAAGUAUUUCGGAGGAUUUGAGAGAUCGAAUGUCUUUGAUCUACUUCCGAACACUUCUCGAAACUAUUAUCCAGUACUACGAAAGUUCAACACAAAGUUGGUCGCCGUUUCUUGUUCAAAUCCUCCCUAAACUAAUGGAAUAUGCGAAUGAAGAUGAUUAUGAAGUAUCGGAAGAAACGUAUCGCGAUGUGGACAUCACUCAGAAUUCUGCAGUCAUCAUUCACGACUACAUGUCUGCUUCGUGGCUCCGAAAUGAGUUUGUGGAUAGUAUUGUGAAUUCAUGGGUACAGACAUUUUUGACACAUUCUGAAUCUUCUCGUGUCCGUCUGGCUGUUAUCAAAUUUGUACAAGCGUCCGUCUACUCGAACAUGUAUCCAAUGUGUCUAAAAGCUCGAAGAGAAAAAGUCGAGAAUCUUCUGUUCAAGGCGGUGUUUGAUCCAGAGAUAUCCGUUCGAAAAGAGGCAGCUAAAUGUCUCCUUCUCUUCAUCCACUGUGAAUACAUCCACGUUUCAGAAGAGAAGAUCGAAGAACUUUCUCGAAUCCUUCAAUCAAAAACAGACUUGGAAGCAAAUACACAUGGUGCAGCUCUUGCUCUUGGAGCUCUAGUCUUGUCCUAUCCAUUUUCUCUUCCAUCAAAAAUUCUGAAACCUCUUCGUAUUCUGAGCACAACGUGUUCUAAACGGACAAUCAUUCAGCAAUCGAUGACAGAAACACUUCGUGAAUUCCGCCGUCAACAUCGAGACGACUGGGUGAAAUCCAAAGAAAUAUUGGGAGAAUCUCUGGUUUUUGAUAUCGAAAAUGCUACUGCCCCUGCCUAUUAUGCUUGA